AAACUAGGUCACCAGGUCAAAUCAAAGGAAAAGCUUGUUAACACUCUUGAGGCCAUAUUUAUGACUGUAUCUUCAUGAAACUUAGUCAGAAUGUUAAACAUGAUGAUCUGUAGGACAAGUUCAAAUCUGGGUCAUGUCGGGUCAAAAACUAGGUCACCAGGUCAAAUCAAAGGAAAAGCUAGUUAACACUUUAUAGGCCACAUUUAUGACAUAUCUUAAUGAAACUUGGUCAGAAUGUUAAUCUUGAUGAUCUUUAGGUCAAGUUUAAAUCUGAUUUAGGUGGGGUCAAAAUCUAGGUCACUAGGUCAUAUCAAAGGAAAAGCUUGUUAACACUCUAGAGGCCACAUUUAUGACUGUAUUUUCAUGAAACUUAGUCAGAAUGUUAAACUUGAUGAUCUUUAGGUCAAGUUCGAAUCUGGGUCAUGUCGGGUCAAAAACUAGAUCACGGGGUCAAAUCAAAGGAAUAGCUAGUUGACACUUUAGAGGCCACAUUUAUGACCAUAUCUUAAUGAAACUUGGUCAGAAUGUUAAUCUUGAUGAUCUUUAGGUCAAUAGGUCAGGUGAGCCAUACAGGGCCUUCAUGGCCCUCUUGUUAUGCUUUAAACAUGUGAUGUUAGUUAUCAACUUAUUGAUGCUGUAAAGGCAUAAACCCUUAUUUGUAUUCAUUUUUUGACACAAAAGUAAUUUCCGAAAAGUCUCACUUAAUAAAAAAAAAUUAAAAAAGAAAAAUUUACAAAUCUACCUACCCUAAUUUUUUUAGCAUGUUACUGGAAACAGACAGUUUGUUUUACGCCUUAUCAUUAUGACCAUCAUUGUCAUUUUUAAUAUCUUUGCAUGCUUUCUUAACUUUGGUAUGCUCAAAGCUGUAUUUUCUUGAAUAUGCCAUUCUGGAAAAUCAUUCAUCUGAAAUUUUCAUUUGUUGAAUUUGAUAAACAAAAAAAUGCUUCCUUGAACUUAUCAUUUGUAGAAAUGUAUUUCCUUUUUGCCAUUCUGAAAAUGGAAGUAUUUUCUUGAACUUGUCUGUCACAAACCUAUGCUUUUAUUAAUUUGCCAUUCUGAAUCCUACUGUCUUGAAUUUGCCAUUCUGAAUGCUACUAUCUUGAAUUUGAUUUGCCAUACUGAAUGCUAAUGUCUUGAAUUUGCCAUUCUGAUUGCUACUAUCUUGAAUUUGAAUUUACCAUACUGAAUACUACUGUCUUGAAUUUGCCAUUCUGAAUACUACUGUCUUGAAUUUGAAUUUGCCAUACUGAAUGCUACUGUCUUUAAUUUGCCAUUCUGAAUACUACUGUCUUGAAUUUGCAAAUUCUGAAUUCUACUGUCUUGAAUUUGCCGUUCUGAAUGCAACUGUCCUGAAUUUGCCUUUCUGAAUGCUACUGUCUUGAAUUUGAAUUUGCCAUACUUAAUGCUACUGUCUUGAAUUUGCCAUUCUGAAUGCUACUGUCUUGAAUUUGCAUGUCAGCAAGCAUAUUCUUACAAGAAGCCUGCAAGUAUGAGAGGCGCAGGUAAAAUUUCUACUGCAUAAUAAGUAAAUAGUAGAUCAAAGAAAAUAUCAUUGCUUAUACAGUAACAAACUUAUUCCGAAAGAAAAUGUAUUCAGAUUUUCUACUACUGAGCAUGCUGUAGUGUUUAGUGUCUAGCUCCUUUUAGUUGAUUACAGUUGAAAGUUUCACAUGGGUUUUAGGAGUGAGCUUUAUCAUACUGAUUCUAUUUUCUAGGUCAAGGUCGUCAAGUAAAAGUUCAAGGUCAAGGUCUCGUUCAAGGAGCCAGGGGAGUGAUAGAAGUAAAGGCAGUUCAACUCCAAGGGCACGGUCACCAUAUGACCGGCCACGCAGACCGACACCCUCAGCUCACCGCAAAACCCCACAUGUAAGGACAGACUCUGUGCUAGGAAGUGCUGAUGUCACAAGAAAAGAUAUAUACAAUGAGCCAUUGUCUGAGCAAAGUCAUUCCACCAAGACGUCCAAGUUGGUAAAUGUUGACGAGAAAGACGAAGUGAUUCAAGCCCUACAGUAUCAACUGGAAAAACAAAAACGCAAACAACUUCGACAAGAAAGGAGAUUGGUGCGGCAAGCAAGAAAAAUUAACAAGAUUCGGCGAAAGAUCAGAGACUCAGAUGUAUCCCACAAUGAGUCGGGACAGUCGUCACACACAGACCGCUCUGAUAGAACAAAAAGUCGUAGAUCAUCAUCAUCUGAUACAGACACAUCACCACAGAGACGAAAAGGAAGUCCUGAUGGUACGAGCUACGGAGAGUCACCUGACCUUCAGAGUCAGCGGAGGUCAUCACCAGGGUUACGAAUGAACCAGGAAGUGUUGGCAAGAUGGCGUGAUGAUGGUUGGUUCUACAGGGGCUGUGUUGUCGCUGAUGGGAAAGACCAGAAAUACGUGAUUAGGGACUGUACAGGGUACAUGGAGACUAUACUAAGAGAUGAUAUUCUCACAGAUACUGAACACAGAUUUGAUGCAAUACAGCCAGAAGAUCAUGUGAUAGGCUUACAUCCUAAAUACGUAUUUAGCUAUGCCCCGGCAGAGGUUCUCGGUACAUACGCUAACAGCAGUGUCAAGGUUGAGUUUUUCGAUGGAAAUAUUUCUGAACUGACAUCAGGAGAAGUAUAUAAGAUCUCAAAGGCAAAAUAUGAACAAGUGGUCGAAUAUAUAAAGAGAUGUGAGAAGAAUUUGAUUGGACUUUCAGUUGUUGCCAGGGACGAUGAUACUGGCUUGUAUAAACUUGCUGUGGUUGAUUCAAGAGUUGGUCUUGGACAGCAGUACUACAUUAAAUGGCUGGAUGGCGACAUGAGCAAGCAAAACGCAAACCAUAUUUUUGAGGUCGGGAAACGGCAGACUCGCCAUGAAGACUGGUCCCAUGUUUUAGCUCCUGUCAGCCAGCAUAGUAUGACAUUUAUGCCAGCAGAAGUGAUACAGUCUAACCCAUUUGUUGUACAAUUUUGUAAUGGAAAAAGGUCAUCUGAUGCCACAUUUGACCAAUGUUUCUGGUUGAGCAAAGAAUAUUACAGUAACGCCAGGGGAUAUUUAAUGGAUAUGAAGUACAGAAAACUUACAGAUGAUAUACAUUCCCAUAGAGAUAGAGAAUAACUUUUUUUGAAACUGACGUUAGAUCUAGCAAAUAAAAGCUUCACUAACUAUAGAAAAUACACAGAAACUAUUCUUCAAGAAUUAAGAAUUGACUUGUGGAAACUGAAGAAAUCAAGGGGAACAAUCAGUUUGAGAAAGUGAUUAGUUUAUGAAAAAGGCUAUAUAACAUAGAUAUACACAGUGGCUGAGAAAUAUGUUUAUGAAGAAAUGUAAGGUAAUAUACAGUAAAAUGUGUGCAUAUAGACUAGCUUUUAGAAACAGACUGUCAGUUUUAGGUAAUGUAAAAAAUAUAGAAGUUAUAGAGACGAAUACAGACAAUCUCAGCCAUUUCCCCAAGAGACAGCACCUUGUUUGUGGAUACAGACUAUAGAUCAAGGGAGUAUACUAUGAUAUAAAUCAUAACAAGGGAUAUUACUCAUAGUAUAGUCAGUUAAGAUACAAAGGCUAGCACUGUAUAUAGACUGUUUAUAAUAAUGACAACAGAUAUUUAGAAACCCCCAAGAUUGAUACAAGGGGGGUAAAUCUUACCUUGUCUGUUGCCAGAAUACAGUCUAGAUUGUACUAUUAGUUAUUAGUAUCAAUAUCAAAUUAUUACAUUAUGUGCUGUUGGCUUAAAAUAAAUUUAAAACAGUUUCUUGUAUGUUUAUACACCACACAACAUAUAUGGUAUUUACAAUGAAUUUAUUAAGUAGUUUUUUUAGUAUCGAGUAACAGGUUUUUAGACCAAAAUUGUUGCAUUUAUCUUUUACUGAAUAAGAAAGGGAGCUAAAUCUUACUGUAGAUUAGAUAAUAUUUUUUUUUAAUAAUUUCUUUUGACCCGCAAUAUUAACAAGCACUACCGUAUACCCUGAAAUAAAUGCACCUAGGAUGAUUGCAUUUUUAUAGUUGUAUACAAAUAAACUACAAAUAAAACAUCUUAUGAUAUGAACCUUAAUUAUUGGAGGUGUAUAAGGUAUGUUCCAAAAUAUAACUCGUAACAUGAAUUUUAAAUUACGUGAAAAGAGUCGUUUACAAGCUAACCACGAAAGAAAACUCAGUGACGCAAAAAAACAGCCAGUCAACAGUUAUUUUUUUGCAAGCCCUUUGAAAUAAAAAUGAUAAGUGUCUUUUUGCCUAUUUUAUAUACACUGGAUUAGUUUUUAGACCUAGAUAAUAAUUAUUAUGUGGUUUUAUAGUCAGUACAGGUUAGUGUGAAUGUGCUGAUUUUGUAUGGACUUGCAAUAGAAACACAUUAGCAAUAUACACAGGAGAUUUUGUUUUGUCAAAAUUAAGAUCUGUUUUCAUAUUCAUUCUCAUGUUCCAAAAUAAUUUUUUUUUUGUACAAAAUUCUUAAUAGUACUUUUUUUCUCUGAAAACUUAUACACUUUGAAAAAUACAAUAAUUUGUAAAAUAAUAUACACAUGGAUAUAACUUCUUAAUAUCGCUGAUGGCAAUAUUCCUAGCAGUCAGAAACUGAACAGGUAGAAUACAAGACAAUGAAUCUAGAGAUCACAAGCUCUAUCUAACAGGCAAGCGCUCUUUCCCCACAAGCUCUAUCUAACAGGCAAUGCUGUCUCCUCACAAGCCCUUUCUACCAGGCGAGCACUAUCUCCCCACAAGCUGAGAUCUAUCUCCUGAGAAGCAUUUUUUCUAGACAAGCUCUAUCUCGAGAUGAGCUCUAUCUCUGGUCAAGUUAUAUCUUGAGACAAGAUCUGUCUUUAUUUAACAAGCUCUGUCUCCUUAUUCUCCUGACAAGCUCUAUCUAGAUAAAUUCUAUCUUCAGACAAGUUCUAUCUCCUCUUUCUCCAAAUGAGCUCUAUCUCUGGACAAACACUAUCUGCAGGUGAGCUUUAUUGCCAGACCAGCUCUAUCUGCAGCUGAGCUCUAUCCCAACUGAGCUCUUUCUCUGGACAAACACUAUCUGCAGGUGAGCUUUAUCACCAGACCAGCUCUAUCUGCAGCUGAGCUCUAUCCCAACUGAGCUCUAUCUCUGGACAAACACUAUCUGCAGGUGAGCUUUAUCGCCAGACCAGCUCUAUCUGCAGCUGAACUCUAUCCCAACUGAGCUCUAUCUCUGGACAAACACUAUCUGCAGGUGAGCUUUAUCUCCAGACCAUUUCUAUCUGCAGCUGAGCUCUUUCCCAACUGAGCUCUAUAUCUGGAGGAAAUUUCACCUGUGCUAUAAUAAAUAAAAAAUAGCUUAUAAACUUAAUUAAAUCUUGGUGUUGACAAAAAGGUUUUGCAAUACAGACAUCAGCUGUAGCUGUCUCAUUUAUUUCAAGCACAUCUAUAUCUUAGAAUGAUAACUUGUUAAUAAGAUGUAUAAUUUAUUCUGUUAUUUCUAUAUCGUUUAGUGAUAUUAGUAACUCUUUUUAUUGUAUUUAUUAUCAUUAUCAUAUUUGCUACUGCCAUAAAGAUUGAAAUGGUUACCGUAGCAUUUAAAUUGUUUUUGGCUUAAUCAUUAUACAAAUGUACAUAUUCAGUAAUAUUUUAAAAUCAUUUUUUUUAUUUUGUUCUAAAACCUUCAUUAUUUUACUUUAUAUCAUAAUUAAUGAUCAGAACUAAAAGUAAUAUGUCUGUGCUUAUUUUUUUCUGCAAGAAAUGUAUUUCUAAGUGUGUAAUCUAUAUAAGUUAAGAGAAAUUACUGACUUGUGGAUUGCAAAAGACAAGAAAAGCCACAGAACCAAAAUUAAUAAUGAAUAGUUUACUGUAUGAUGUACAGUCAGACCUGGUCUUAAGAUCACCUGUGAACAGAUACAACCUGGCUUUUAAGGCCACAUAUUUCUGAUCUCAUCAGACCAUUUUAAAUGAGCCGUGCCAUGAGAAAACCAACAUAGUGGAUGCGCAGGCUGGUCUGGAUCCAUGCUGGUCGCAAAGCCACUAUGUUUGUUUUCUCAUGGCACGGCUCAAAUGUAGUUUUACCUUGAAUAAAGGUAACUUAUAAAGAAAGAUCAGUCUAAUGGUUCUUCAGGUUGUGGUCUUUAUGUACAGGUUUAUCAACUUGUGCUAAAGAUCACCUCUUGACAGAGGCCACUCCGCUCUUAAAGUCAUCAAUUUCUUAUCUGAUCAAACCAUUUGAAAUGGAUUUUCUUGUGAGUAAAGGCCACCUGCAAAUAAAGGCUAUUUUAGGCUGUUGGUGUUUAUAAAAUGGUUGUCAACCUGUGUUUAAAGCCCAUUUGUGAACAUAGACCAUCUGAUCAGAGACCAUCUAAUUGUAAAAGCCACUGAUUUCUUAACCAAUAAAGUGUAUUUAACCUGUGAAUGAAGGCCACCUUCAAAUAAACACCAUGUGGUCGUUUUAUACAGGUUUUACUGUAUGUAUUUAUUGUUACAUUUGCCUAAGUGUUUGUUGAUGCUUGCUUUUUUUUAAAGAUGAUUUUGAUUAGUCAUCAGAGUCUGUGAUACUUACUAGAAAUUAAAAAUGCUCAUUUUA